AUGCUCUAUGCUCAUACAGGAACUGGCAUAGUGUCAAACAAGUCAUACAUCUGACAGUUGUUUCCAGAUUUAAGACUGUGGUCGAAUCCGUUAGAAUAUGGGGGCGUGUUUGGCGUUAUGUUCACUGGCCAGCUGUGCCUCGUGUCUGUGCGGCUCGGCGCCGUGCCUGCUGUGCGGGUGUUGCCCCUCCUCCAACAGCUCCACCAUCACCCGGCUGGUCUUCUCCUUCUUCCUGCUCCUGGGCACGCUGGUGUCCAUCAUCAUGAUCCUGCCGGGCAUGGAGACGGAGCUUCAGAAGAUUCCAGGCUUUUGUCAAGGAGGCACCUCUAUACCGGGUCUAGAAAAUCAGGUGAACUGUGACGUGAUUGUGGGCUACAAGUCAGUGUACCGGAUGUGCUUUGCGAUGGCUUGUUUUUUCUUCUUCUUCUCCAUACUCAUGAUCCGGGUGCGCAGCAGCAAAGACCCCCGUGCUGCCGUUCAGAAUGGAUUCUGGUUCUUCAAGUUUUUGAUCCUGGUCGGAAUCACUGUGGGGGCUUUCUUCAUCCCUGACGGAUUUUUCCACAAUGUGUGGUUCUACUUUGGCAUUGUGGGUUCGUUCAUGUUCAUUCUCAUCCAGCUGAUCCUGCUCAUAGACUUCGCUCACUCCUGGAACGAGAUCUGGGUGCGCAAUGCAGAGGAGGGUGGCAAGGGCUGGUAUGCAGGUCUUCUCAUCUUCACUGUGCUCCACUACGCACUGUCCUUUGCUGCCGUGGUCCUGUUCUAUGUGUACUACACCAAGUCAGACGACUGCACGGAGCACAAAGUCUUCAUCAGCCUCAACCUCAUCUUCAGCAUCGUCGUGUCCGUCAUCUCCAUCCUGCCCAAAGUUCAGGAGCGCUCCCCCCAGAGCGGGCUCCUCCAGUCCUCCAUGAUCACCCUGUACACCAUGUACGUCACCUGGUCGGCCAUGACCAACAACCCCAACCGUGACUGCAACCCUAGCCUGCUGAGCCUGGUGUCUAACGUGAGCACCACUGCACCCCUCCCCACUAGUGCUCCAGGACAGGUGCUGUGGUGGGACGCGCAGGGCAUCGUGGGACUGGUCAUCUUUCUCUUCUGCACACUCUACGCAAGCAUCCGCUCGUCGAGCAACGCUCAGGUGAAUAAGCUGAUGCAGACGGAGGAGGGCCAGGGCUCGGGCGGAGAGGGGGAGCUGGGCGAGGACGGCCUGAGGCGCGCCGUGGACAACGAGGAGGAGGCCGUCACCUACAACUACUCCUUCUUCCACUUCCACCUCUGGCUCGCCUCCCUCUACAUCAUGAUGACCCUCACCAACUGGUACAGUCCGGACACAGAGACCCAGGCGAUGCAUAGCAGCAUGCCGGCCGUGUGGGUGAAGAUCUGCUCCAGUUGGCUGGGCCUCGGCCUCUACCUGUGGACGCUCAUCGCCCCGGUGAUCCUCAGCAACCGCGACUUCAGCUGAGCAACACACACCUACUCACUCUGUGUGUGUGUCUGUGUGUGUGUGUGUGUGUGUGUGUUUGUGUGGAUGUCGAACUGUGACACCUCCUUUCUUACUUAAUAACCAUUGUUGUGGUAUUAACAGUCUAUGCCCAAAGCCAUCAACACGAAGGAUGUAAAAGGUUUAUUGUUUUUUUUUUCUCUCUCUCUCUCUCUCUCUCUCUCUGGCAUUCAUCCAGGAAGGAUGUGUCAGUAUGAGAUAUGAAGCAUUUCAUCCCCUGUUAUUGGAGUUGGUAUCAUAAGUAUUGGGUCCGGUCUAUUUUCUACCCCUGGAGAAUGUGUAGGCCCCUUGAGAACAUUGAGUGUUUCUAGCAGUCCUUCUCUGUUUUGAAUUUGGUGCACAGGUGCUGGAAAGUUUUUGUUUUACUGGUACAACAUUAUGAUCUCUUUUAUUGCCACUUUCAGAGGUGUUACUGAGCUUGCAAUUACCGUCUUCAUAGAUAACAGGAAGCUUUAGACACUGGUACUACUCAAUAGCCACGUUGCUACCCAAAUAUGCAUUCAACAACUGCUGCUGCUAGACCUAACUAACUACCUGAAGCAUUCUCUCUCUGUCUCUCUCUUUAUCUAUUCACCCCCCCCUUUCUCCCUCCCUCUCUCUCUCUCUCUCUCUCUCUCUCUCUCUCUCUCUCUCUCUCUCUCUCUCUCUCUCUCUCUCUCUCUCUCUCUCUCUUUGUGUGUGUGUGUGUGUGUGUGUGUGUGUGUGUGUGUGUGUGUGUGUGUGUGUGUGUGUGUGUGUGUGUGUGUGUGUGUGUGUGUGUGUGUGUCCAGAAAAGUCAUCUCUUUCAUUUCAUUCAUUUUUGUCCCAUGCAGCUCAUAGCAUUUCAAGCAUUUCAGUUCAGUUUCAAGCUCCCUCAGCACAUUUAUUGUCAGCUGGUCAUUUCAGCGCGAUGUGAACUACGCCGUGAUAGCACAUAGGAAAUCCCCUGGGCUGACCUUUGGG